AUGGCCUCGACUCCACCAACUACCGAACAAUCAGAAGCCCCAAUAGUGCUCGACAGCAAAAAUUGGGUGGAGACCCUCAAGACCUGGAACGGUGAUCUCCAACACAUGACGAGAAUGUUAGCGGCCGUGGAGGCUGCAUAUCUCGUGAAAGACUACGUGUCUGUCCACGAGGUCUGCUUCUUUACGCUCUUCAAAGUGCCCAUCGAACCCAAUAUCCCUGCUUUUCAGCGUGGUCAGUUCGCUUCGUAUAUGGCGCUGGCGAAUUGCAGGAGUCGGAAGGCCGCCGGAAUAGACUCGGAAGCGUGGAUGCACGUAGCUGAGGACCAUUUCGAGGAGGCCAAACAGUUAUGCCAACGAGCAGGGGUGUCGACAUUCGAGAUCGAGGAGUGCCAGAUCUGUUUACUGGCAGAUUUGCGGGAUCAUCUGGCUCUGGAGAAGGCCCGAAAGGCUAAAGGUGACGAGCAUCGGCCCAAGCGUCGUCGCUUGUUGGUACCCUCCGGCACCUAG